UCUCUUCCUUCUCAUCGGGACAAGUUUGGCUGCCUACAUGACUCUAAGGAGGAACAAACCACCACGUGAGCACCAAGGGCAGGCUCCAAUUCCUCAACAUUUUUCUAAGCCUUUACUCCCGCUAGACCAGGUCUUCAUUAAGAUCGACGACGGCCCAUUGCAAGGAACAAUCGUGACCACGUCAGAAGGUGUCAGUGUCCGUGCCUUUUUGGGGAUUCCUUUCGGAGAGUCAACAGAAGGUCGGAACAGGUUCCGGAAGCCUGUGCCCAUCGGUGCGUGGAAUGGCACGUUUAACGCGACUCAAGCCAGGCCUCCCUGCGUUCAAGAGUCCUACGUGUCGCAGGCCAUGCGCAUAGACAACACAAACACCACAGAGGACUGCUUGCACCUGAACAUCUGGGCACCGAUACAGCAACACCCGAAAGAGCCCAAGAAGACAGUCAUGGUCUACUUCUACGGGGGAUCGUUCACACAUGGCGGCAACAGUUACUUCUUUUACGAUGGCCGCUACAUAUCGAGCAUCGGAGACGUCAUAUUAGUCGUUCCAAACUACAGGCUCGGGGUUCUCGGGUUCCUCAACGCGGGCACGCCAGACGCGCCAGGCAACGUAGCACUGCACGACCAGAUCCUGGCGUUGUCGUGGGUCAAGGAGAACAUCGCUGCGUUCGGCGGGAACCCAAAUCGAGUUGUCCUUUUCGGCCAAAGUGCCGGGGCGAUCUCAGUGAGCUACCUGCAGAUAUCGCCCCUGACGCGCCACCUCUUCCGGCGAGCCAUCCUGCAGAGCUGCUCCGCUUUGGUGCCGCUUCCCGAGAACAGCCGUGACGCAGCGCUCGCAAACCUGAAACACAUAGCGAGUGCCAUCAACUGUACGAGGGCGUUUCCAAACGGAAGCUUGUCGGCAGCAGACACACUCAGCUGCCUGAGAAACGUCGAUGCCAAGGUUCUCGUAGACGUCAAAGGCGCAUUCUUCUAUCCGAGCUUCUACGAUGAGGUCCUUCCGCAGGCUCCGAUCGAGCUGCUCAAGUCGGUGGACUUCAGGGACCACGAAAUGCUCAUCGGAAACACCUUGCGCGAAGGAGACAUGUUUUUCGAUGCAAUAUUUGGGCGGAAGCGUUCGUCCGCAGCGCCCAGACGGUCGCACCUGAGCCUGGAGGCAAUAGCCAAGGCAUACGAUUUCUUCUACAAGCGAACUGGUUUCGUGAAAGCGCUGUUUACGCUCGCGCAGAUACAGAGACUGUACGACUUCACUAGCCGCACUUACGAGGGGUUCAAGGACGCUGUCGGCGACCUACUCUUCAAUUGCCCGACUAAGUUUUUCGCCAAGUACUUUGUGGAUCAGAAUGGCUCUGCCUUCUACUAUGUGUUGACGCCCAGGCCCUCAUUCAGUGCCUGGAAUUCUACGGCUGCCACGCACACGGAUGACGUGUCAAUAUUGUUUGGGCUGCCGUUCAUGCUUCCCGGUAAGGCUUCGGACGCGGAGCGUGACCUCAGUAGACGACUUAUACGAAUGUGGACAACGUUUGCAAAGAAGGGGAAGCUACCAAAGGUCAAGGGGAAGGCAUGGCCGUUAUAUUUCGAGAACACCAGCGUCGCUAUAAACACUGCCAAUUUUUCGUUUCUACAAGCGUUUCGAAGCAGGAACUGUGAAACGCUGAAGAGUUUUAUUCUGGGCUAAGAAUUGCUAAGUCCUCAGAAUGAAGUUUCAAGUCUUGUGACUUACAAGCCUACGUAUACUUGACACAGGCCUGUUCUGGGACGAAGCAACCUGUGUCUUGAUUUUUGAUUGUGUUAUGAAAUUUCAACCACAUUGAAAGUGGAAGACAAUAGC